UUGCGCUCGAACCGAACUCAGCGGUCAUUUGACGUUUCUCAACCACGCGGUUCCACUUGUUUCGUUGGCACUGUUAGUUGACUAUUUGGGUUCCAGCCAUGUCUGCCAUCAUCAGGAAGAUAAUAAACACAGCAAAGGCUCCUGCAGCCAUCGGUCCAUACAGCCAGGCGGUGAUGGUGGACCGGACCCUGUAUGUCUCCGGGCAGCUGGGGAUGGACCCCUCCUCUGGGCUGCUCGUGGAUGGAGGCGUGCAGGCCCAAGCCAAACAGGCUCUGAUCAACAUGGGGGAAAUCCUGAAGGCAGCAGGGUGUGGCUAUGACAACGUUGUCAAGACCACAGUGCUUUUGGCUGACAUGAACGACUUCACCAAUGUCAAUGACGUUUACAAACAAUUUUUCAGCACCCACUUCCCUGCUAGAGCAGCCUACCAGGUCGCUGCUCUGCCCAGAGGGGGGCUUGUGGAGAUUGAAGCUGUCGCGGUCUCGGGCCCUAUAACAGACGCCUCCUCCUGAAGGAAACACCAAUCAGCACACUGGAAUUGGGAGAAUGGAACACGUGCUAGCCAAUCACAGUACCUGUGUACAUUCUUGAUCUGAAUAGCAGAUGUUCCAAUUAAACUGUUGACUUAACUUAGGGACUUCAAGAUAAUGAUUAUGAUGUGACAUCAAGGAUAUGAAUUGACAGUUAGCUUUACAGUUAGAUGUCUGAAUAGUGGUGGUUGGAGGACUGAAGGUGUAUGGAUGGGUCGUGUGUGAGUCACUGAGCAGUCAUCUGUUUUGCUUGCAUGGCGCCUGCCCAUGCACUUUCACCAGCGUUGUUAGCUUUAAUGAGGGGUGUUCAGAGCUUCUGUCCUCAGACAACAACAAUGAGCUUUAUAUUCCCCACGGCUAAUGUUUUCGCUUAGUUUUAUGGAGUACAACUGAGGACUACCUACUGACCAAGCGUUGCUUUGUUUAUUGUAUUACUCUUAUACCAGCCUAGUCUUGCCUUAUCCUUUUCAGUCCUAACAGCUACUGUACUCGGUCAUGGUAAGAAUAAAGAUGGAGACAC